CUGGGCAUUGGCACAAAUUGAACUCCAGUCAAAAAACAAAGGGGCAGAAAGGCUGUUUGGACAGAGUGACUGCAGAAUGCAGAGUCUAAAUCAAUUCACCUCAAAGUUGAAUAAUCAAGGAUUGGAAGAGCAUCCUGAUUAACCAAAUGAACUAACCUUGGAGGACAAACAAACACCCCUUAUUGUGCCUCAGGGACUACCUUGGUAUGGGCAAAUUGAUGUGACUGCACAGGCAGAGAAAGUUCUGUGGAUCACAAAGCCAUCAGUGCCUUGUGUUGAGCAAAGCUGACAUUGUGGACAAGAAUGAUACCUUUUCUCUUGAUCCUGAAGUGUUUAAACAUCACAGCUGAAAACCUUCAACUGAUUGGGGAGAAUAUAGCAGCAUCAGCUUUUGUGAUAUUGGAACUCACCAGUAAAAUGUAUAUCCCGAAGAAAGGAUGUUUCCCCAAAUCGUGGUGCUUGUCAUUGCUCUUUUGGGAAAUACAGUUUCUGCAAAUGCAGUACUAUCCCGGAAUUACCAUCCCUAUUCCGGGGAAUACGGCACUCCAGCAGGAACGGCUUUCUCUUCUUCUGGUGAGCAUCUAUGUGGCCCUAUCACUGGAUUCCGGGUCUGGGAGGGUUCUUCAUCCUACAUCACUGGAAUCCAACUGGAGUUCAGUAACACCUGGAGCAAUAAGCAUGGCAUAGACACGUCAAAGAUGCAUGAAGUUCUCCUCUUUCCUGAAGAGUAUAUCACUCAGGUCUCUGGCAAAGACGACACCUACAUCUACCAGCUGAUCUUUGUGACCUCUCUGGGACGCAUCUUCUUCUUUGGUCAGCCCUCAGGAUACAGCUUCAAUGCCUUCCCCGGGCAGAAGAGCAAUGUCCUGCUGUUCAUUAGCGGCCACUCAGAUGCUUACGCUCUCAGAGGGAUUGGCUUUCACUGGGAUGUACCUGUUUCGCCUGUGAGAGACUGUCGGUCUGUUAGAGGCUGAUUAGUUUCACUGGUCAGUAUGUACACCCCACAGCAAAUAACUGUCCAUUCUCAAAGAAUAAACUAACCCAGCAGGAAACAC